AUGCUAUGCACCUGGUUUAUCAAUCUCGUGAUGACCGCUUCCGCCAUUGCUGAGCUACUCAAAGGAUUUGAUACUAUAUACGCGCAAACCCAGCUGACUCCAAUGCAAUUUCGUUGCAUGAAGGAUGAAGGUUACUCAUUCUACAUUGCCAGAGUCUUUAAUGGUCAGCAAGGAUUUGAUAUAAUUGGAGCACGGAAUUUGAAAUAUGCUCAUGAAGCUGGCCUCCAUGUUGCCGCCUACGUAGUCCCCUGUUUCAGUGACGGUAAAGUGCCCAACCGAUUAUCUUCAGGCUAA